AUGUCAGGUGUCAGCGCCAAAGAGGCUCAGGCCUACCUCAUCGANCCCCUCAAUGCUCCGGAGCCAUCACAAGAGACUGGCCCGGGUACGCACUUUUACCCUCCUGGGGCCUCGGCCACCAAGACUGCAUCAUCUACAGCAUCGCCCUCUCCUCCAGCAUCCUCCAAGAACCCUUUCCGUGACUCUAUGAGCGGAAAGGGUGACUAUCAAGAGGGCCCUUCUUCUUCCCACCGUCGCAACUUCAGCGGUGACCAUCUCAUGGGCGAGCCAUCUGGCAGCCGCCCUCGUAGAACCAGCUCGCUUAGUCAACGCUACGCUGGAGACAUGUCCAACCAGCCUCUAAACAUGCUUAGAAAGGAUAGUAAGAAGGCCUACCGCGCUCCUCACCUCAACAAGCGUCACAUUCCCGGUGCUGACACGAUCGACCGCCUCGACCCAACCCCCAACAAGCUUCCCUACCAUCACGAGGGCCCCUAUGAUGCUGCUCUGCUAGCCCGUAACAUCAGCUACAAAUCCAGCCCUAUCGCCGCCUUGGAGGACUCUAACAGAGAAGCACUGAAGGCCACACCUGCUGAGAAGAUCAAGGAUGCUCUCGAGAAACACAAGCCUCUCGAUGGCGUUGCUGUCGUUCCNCCUGGCCAACGUGACCAGCUUGGGCGUGUCUACAACUACGAGGAGGGAACUGACAUGAUGCGUGAGGGUAACCCUGAGGGUGGUGCUUACAAGCAAUGGCCUGGAGAAGUAGGUUUCGUGUAUAACAUUGCAUUAUCAUCAUUUACUGACCGCUUUACANNGGAAUAUAGCAAAGACGAUCUCGAAGGCAAGGGUGAACCUGCAUACNNUCUCGACCGUGCCCUCAAGGCUCACACCAUCCACGAGCGUGACUUUGACGGUCAGCGUGGCAUCGAGUUGUCAGACCGUCCGCUUAUGAGCGACUACGACAAGAUGAAGGACAGAAAGAAGCUCGACGACCGUGAUCCUGUCGAGAUUGCUGGCGGAGAAUCUCGCUACGCUGACCUCACAAUGGCGGCCGACACUGAUGCCCACAUGAACCGAACAAGCAGCUUGCGCAAGGCAGGCGAAGGUCUCAAGAAGAGACUGAGCUUGAGAAGAAGAAAGCAGGAAGACUAA